UUGUUAUUCGGUAAACCCGAUAUGGCAUCAUUAGAAAGUUUGUGUCGUCUUUGCAUGGGGAGCCGGAAUGUUGUUCACGAUGUAAUCGAGGACAAACUUUUGCAAGAGAGUAUUGCAACAUGCAUAGGCUUACUGAUUAAUCCGAACGACAAACCACUUCCUUCAAAAGUAUGUGCACUUUGUACGUUCAAAGUGAAAGAUUUCUUCGAGUAUCGACUGAAAUGCUUGAAUGUUCAGCCAAUUCUUCAACAGAAACUAGAUGAAUCCUGCAAAUCAACGGAUGAUAUCGUACAAAGUCCCAUGUUUGAUGUCCCCCAAACUUACGAGGUUCUCCAAGAAUAUGAAGAGCUGGAGCAGGUGGUGGAAGAGGUUGGAAUAAAUAAGCUACCGAAUAACGAACAAAACAAAUCGAACUCGACUGUAAAUUUGCGAAAAUGUCCCAAGGUAGCAUACACUCACAAGAAGAAACGAAAACCUCCCAGAACGGCGAACGAAAUAUAUCGAUCGUUACUGCUGACCUGUGAUGUAUGCGGAAAACUAGUUCAACGUAAUCGGAUGGAAGGUCAUCAGAAUCGACACUUGAAUCUGCGACCGUAUCCUUGCGACGAAUGUGGGGCAGCAUUCCACUGCCCAACAUUACUUCAGAUGCACAAGAGAACCCACAAGAGUAGCGAAGAGCUCCCGUGUGAUUUAUGCGGGAAGGUGUUUAGCUCGAAAAGAGCAAUUUAUGCGCAUAAAAGAGAAAAACAUGCCGAAAAAAAGUUCAAGUGUGAGGAGUGUGGAUCGAUGUUUGUUAACACCGCCCGACUCAAACGGCAUAAGGCUUUACAUUCGGAUGAACGAGAAUUCAAGUGUCCCCACUGUCCAAAGGAGUUCAACGUAUUCUCUAAUUUGAAUGUUCAUAUCCGGAGCCACACAAAGGAAAAACCGUUUGCGUGUAAUUUAUGCGACAAAUCGUUCGGAUAUAAUCGUUUGUUGAAAGAUCAUAUUUCUCGGCAACAUGGGGACUUGGAGUUGCUUCUAUGAAUAAUGUUAUGGCGGGUUUACAUUAGGGAGAUCUAUAGCUAUAGAUGGAUUUAUUCACGUGAAAAUAGGUGUAAACGGGUGAGAAUAAAUAGAAUACACUUAUUCGAGGUAUAUAUAACUUGAAUUCAGCAUAUGUAAACGCUUGUGAAUUUCUCACUGGUGAGAAAUCACUAAAGUUGGAUGCAGUUCUACUUCAGGUGAAUAAAUUCACCGAAGAUAUGAAUAUAUUCACCGAAGAUAUGAAUAUAUUCAUUAUAGAAGUUCAAGUGAAAACGGUUGAUG